AUGUCCUUCCUCGAGUCUCCUCUCCGCACCGCCUCUAAAAGCUGGCGCACAGCCAGAUACUUUACACGCGACCAGCGACGGCAAAAUCUCCUCUUGACACGAUCUUUCUCCUCCACUCUGCGUCGAGAUGAAAUCAACAAGAUUGUCCCUUCAGCCGCAGAAGCCAUCAAAGACAUGAAGUCCGAUUCUGUCCUCCUCUGCGGCGGGUUCGGUCUCUGCGGAGUCCCCGAUACGCUGAUCAAUGAAGUUGCAAAGACUCCCUCCAUUACCGGCCUGACGGCCGUCUCCAACAAUGCAGGUAUCCCCGGCGCCGGUCUCGGCCUGUUAUUGGAGUCUCGACAGGUCAAGAAGAUGAUUGCGAGCUACGUGGGUGAAAACAAGAUCCUCGAGCAAAUGUAUCUGGGCGGCGAGAUGGAACUCGAACUCACACCUCAAGGCACAUUGGCCGAGCGUUGCGCAGCCGGCGGAAAGGGUAUUCCCGCUUUCUACACCCCCGCCGCAUUCGGCACCGUCGUGCAGACUGGCGAGAUUCCCCUCCGGCACAAACCCGACGGCAGCAUCGCCAGCUUCGGAAAGCCGCGCGAUGUCAAGGUCUUCAAUGGCAAGAGCUAUGUGAUGGAAGAAGCCAUUCCCGGCGACUACGCCUUCGUCAAAGCCUACAGAGCCGACAAGCUCGGCAACUGCCAGUUCCGUCUCGCGGCCAACAACUUCAACGGCGCCAUGGGACGAAAUGCUAAAGUGACCAUUGUUGAAGCAGAGCAUCUCGUUGAGGUGGGCGAAAUCGACCCCGUUGCCGUUCACCUGCCUGGCAUCUACGUGAACAAAGUCAUCCAAUCGACCGCUGAGAAGAAGAUUGAGAAAUACGUCAACAGAGUCGAAGAGGGCUCCGUCACAGACAGCCUGGGCAAAGGAGACGCAGCCUCGAAGCGGGAGAGAAUCGUCAAGCGCGCGGCCAAGGAGUUCCAGAACGGCAUGUAUGCCAACCUUGGAAUUGGCAUGCCUAUGCUGGCGCCUUCGUUCGUUGACUCCUCAGUCGAGGUCCAAUUGCAAUCCGAGAACGGUAUCCUUGGUCUGGGACCUUAUCCUCGAAAGGGCGAGGAAGAUGCCGAUCUGAUUAAUGCGGGCAAGGAGACCGUAACCCUGCUGCCCGGUGCGUCUUGUUUCGGAUCCGAAGAAUCUUUCGGCAUGAUCCGUUCCGGUCGUAUCAACAUGUCCAUGCUCGGUGCCAUGCAGGUGUCCGCCAAGGGAGACCUGGCAAACUGGAUGUUGCCGGGCAAGGUGAAGGGAUUCGGCGGCGCUAUGGAUCUCGUUUCCAACCCGGAGAAGACCAAGGUCGUAGCCCUCAUGGAACACACGGACAAGAAGGGAAAUCCCAAGAUUUUGAAGCAGUGCGAAUUCCCACUCACUGGCAGAGCUUGUGUUAGCCGGAUCAUCACCGAAUUGUGUGUCUUUGACGUCGAUUUUACCGAUGGUCUCACCCUCAUCGAGCUUGCGGACGGAGUCACUGUUGAGGAAGUCAAGAGCAAGACCGAAGCACCGUUCAAGGUCGCCGAUGACAUUAAACCGAUGCUAUAA